GGCUCCGACCUGAAACAAAAACCCAUAAAAUAUUUAAAUAAACCCUUUCUAUUCCUAUACUCACUCUCUUCACUUCAAUUCAUUCACUCAAUAUGACCGCUUGGAAGAGUUUUCUCCUCCGAAUCGGCGACAAGUGCCCGGAGUACGGCACUUCCUCAGACUUCAAAGACCAUAUUGACACUUGCUCUGGGGUGCUUCGACGUGAGUUGGAGCAUUAUUCCAAUGAUGUUUUGGCCUUUCUUAUCCAGUGUGCUGAACAGCUGCCUCACAAGAUUCCUUCAUAUGGAACACUGAUUGGCUUGAUGAACUUGGAUAAUGAAGACUUUGGUAGGAAAAUAGUUGAGAGUACUCAAGCCAACUUUCAGGAGGCGUUAUACUCUGGAAAUUGCAACAGAAUUCGUAUCCUAAUGAGGUUCUUGACUGUUAUGAUGUGCAGCAAAGUUCUCCAGCCCAGCUCUCUGGUUGUUACUUUCGAAACAUUAUUAUCAUCAGCUGCUACAACAGUUGAUGAGGAGAAGGGGAAUCCAUCCUGGCAGGCCCAAGCUGACUUUUAUAUUGCAUGUAUCUUAUCUUGUCUCCCAUGGGGAGGAGCAGAACUAGUUGAGCAAGUUCCUGAGGAAAUUGAAAGAGUUAUGGUUGGGAUAGAAGCUUAUUUGAGUAUUAGAAGACAUAAUUUUGAAGCUGGUUUAUCUUUUUUUGAAGAUGAUGAUGAAAGUGAAAAAGCAAAUAAUGAUAAGGAUUUUUUGGAGGAUCUAUGGGACCGAAUACAAGCUCUAUCUAGUAAUGGAUGGAAACUUGAUAGUGUGCCUAGGCCACACCUCUCAUUUGAAGCACAGUUAGUUGCUGGAAAGUCUCAUGAGUUGGGGGCCAUCAACUGUCCUGAUCAUCCUGAUCCCCCAUCAUCAACUUCUGGUAUAAGUUAUGGUAAACAAAAGCAUGAUGCAGAGUUGAGAUAUCCUCAAAGGAUACGCAGGCUUAAUAUAUUUCCUGCAAGUAAAACUGAGGAUAUACAACCCAUAGAUCGCUUUGUCAUGGAAGAGUAUUUGCUGGAUGUGCUGUUUUUCUUCAAUGGCUGUCGUAAAGAAUGUGCUUCAUUCAUGGCUGGUCUGCCCGUGCCCUUCAGAUACGAGUAUAUUAUGGCAGAGACUAUUUUUUCUCAGUUGCUUAUGCUACCAGAACCUCCAUUCAAGCCAACAUACUACACACUGGUUAUCAUCGACCUUUGCAAGGCUCUCCCUGGGGCCUUUCCUGCAGUAGUAGCUGGUGCUGUUCGUGCUCUUUUUGAAAAAAUAGCUGAUUUAGAUAUGGAAUGUCGGACCCGACUAAUUCUCUGGUUUUCUCACCAUUUAUCAAACUUUCAGUUCAUUUGGCACUGGGAAGAGUGGGCUUAUGUUUUAGACCUGCCAAAAUGGGCCCCUCAACGUGUGUUUGUUCAGGAAAUUUUGGAAAGAGAAGUUCGUUUAUCAUACUGGGACAAAAUUAAGCAGAGUGUUGAUAAUGCCCCUGGUUUAGAAGAGUUGCUUCCUCUCAAGGGGGGGCCAAACUUUGAUUUUAGAGUUGACGAAAGUAGUGAAAAAUCCGGACUUUCUGCAGACCUAAAAAACUUGGUGAAAGGGAGAGCAACCGCUCGUGAAAUGAUUUUAUGGAUAGAAGAAAAUAUUUUUCCUGUUCAUGGAUUGGAGGUUACUCUCAAAGUGGUGGUGCAAACUCUACUUGAUGUAGGAUCUAAAAGUUUUACUCAUUUGAUUACGGUUCUGGAGAGAUAUGGGCAAGUUAUUGCAAAACUUUGUCCUGAUCAAGAUAGGCAACUCAUGUUAAUCACAGAAAUAGGUUCUUACUGGAAGAACAAUGCGCAAAUGACAGCUAUAUCAAUUGAUAGAAUGAUGGGUUACCGGCUUUUAUCUAAUUUAUCCAUUGUAAGAUGGGUAUUCUCUCCAGAAAAUAUUGAUCAAUUUCACACUUCAGAUCGUCCAUGGGAGGUCUUAAGAAAUGCAGUUAGCAAGACGUACAACCGUAUCUGUGAUCUGAGGAAAGAGAUAUUAUCUCUGAAGAAGACUAUUGUAUCAGCAGAAGAAACAGCAGUGAAGGCGAAAGCAGAAUUGGAGACUGCUGAGUCAAAGCUUACACUUGUGGAUGGUGAACCUGUUCUUGGAGAUAACCCAAUGAAGUUAAAGCGUUUAAAAUCAUAUGCUGAGAAGGCUAAAGAGGAGGAAGUGUCAAUUCGUGAGUCUUUAGAGGCUAAGGAGGCUCUUCUGGCUCGAGCUCUUGAUGAAAUUGAGGCAUUGUUCCUCUCUUUGUAUCAAAACUUCUCCAGUUUGCUAAUGGAGCGUCUGCCAGAUGCAUCCAGAGUUAGAACAUUGCAGGAACUGAAGUCUAUGUCUGCAGAUUCCAUGGCUGUUGACCUUGAAGAAUCAGCAACAAUGGAGGUGGAUGAUGAAAAUGGAAGGCCUAAAACAAGUUUUGGCAGUCGACUGAAUGGUGAGACGAAAAGCAAUGCAUAUAAUAUAGGCGAAAAAGAGCAAUGGUGUUUAUCAACUUUGGGUUAUCUCAAGGCCUUUUCAAGGCAAUAUGCUUCUGAGAUAUGGCUUCACAUUGAGAAAUUGGAGGCAGAGGUACUAACAGAAAAUGUGCAUCCCCUUAUUCGUAAAGCAAUUUAUUGCGGAUUGCGUAGUCCAAUCAGUGCCGUGGUGUAAGUUUUGCUGAUUUUGUGAUGACCUGAAGUUAAUUUCUGGUUCCUGUCAAAUGUAAAUUAGGUAGUGAAAAUUGAGGUUAGCUGCGGGAGUGUAUAAAUCGACAUGGGAACCAUAUUGUCACCUUAGUGUACAACCUUGUCGAUAUGUAACCAUGUUAAUUAUGUGAGGAUCAGUAUCUUAUGUAAACUUAACCUCUAGACACAUUUAUUUUUAGUUCUAGAAAAAAAAAGACAUUUAUUUUUAGGCAAGAAGUGACAAUUUUUUCUUUUAACGAGAGAUGUGAAACGUUUGCUAUUUUCUACAAUGUUAAAUUGCUCGCCACUUGGGAUAUUGCUCU